GGAAUAUAAUAUAUGAUAAUCUAUUCCAAUCCAUUGGAUUAAUAAAGACAUGUUUGCAUAUGGUACUGUUAUUGUCUCUUUGUUUCUGUUUGAUUUCAAUGCCAAAGACCAACAUUAACUACUAAAAAAAAUCCUCAGCCAUUCGAUUCUCUGAAUUUAUAAAGUUUCCGUCUUUUUCACAGUAUUGAACAAAAGAUAAAUAGUGUCUUAGGGGGAAAGGCAUUGUUUUUAUAGGCAACCGCCGUUUCUUCUUUAGCUUAGGGAGCUUUUAUGGAUUUUGGAUUGGCAAAAGUAGGCCAAGGCAGUGAGUAUAAUGGCAGGGUUACAUGUGUUUUGGUGUUAUCUUGUAUGGUGGCCGCUUCGGGAGGGCUUCUCUUUGGCUUUGAUCUUGGAAUCUCAGGUGGAGUCUCAUCUAUGGAGCCAUUUCUGAGGAAAUUCUUCCCAAAAGUGUAUAGAAAGAUGAAGGAAGACACCAGCACAAGCAACUACUGCAUAUUUGACAGCCAACUGCUUACUGCUUUCACUUCCUCACUCUAUAUUGCAGGCCUAAUUGCCACUUUCUUGGCCUCACCAAUCACGAGGAACUUUGGGCACAGACUCUCGAUCCUCGUUGGCGGAGCUGCAUAUCUCGGUGGAGCGGCGCUUGGUGGCGCAGCCUACAAUGUCUACAUGCUGAUCUUUGGUCGCGUUUUGCUUGGAGUUGGCAUUGGUUUUACAAACCAGGCAAUUCCACUAUACCUCUCAGAAAUGGCACCAGCUAGGUAUAGAGGAGGAUUCAACCUUGCCUUCCAAUUCUGUGUUGCUCUGGGCAUUCUGUUUGCCAACUUGAUCAACUAUGGCACUGCAAGAAUAAAAGGAGGGUGGGGGUGGAGAGUGUCCUUAGCCAUGGCAGCCGCCCCGGGAUCCGUUAUACUUUUGGGGGCAAUCUUCCUUGCAGAGACACCAGGCUUUGUAAUCCACCAAGAAAAUGAUCAAGAAAAGGCAGAAAGACUGCUGCAGAGGCUGCGGGGCGUGGCUGAUGUCAAAGCGGAACUAUCUGAUCUCAUCAGAGCAAGUGAGACUGCCAGAACAAUGAAACACCCAUUCUCAGACAUCCUAGGAAGACAAUAUAGGCCUCAGCUAGUAAUGUCGGUCGCGAUUCCCGUGUUCCAACAAGUGACAGGCAUAAAUGUGGUCACUUUCUAUGCACCUUUGUUGUUCAGAACAAUUGGCUUAGGCGAAACCGCAUCACUUCUGUCAGCUGUGGUGGUUGGGGUUGUGGGGGCUGUUACAAUCUUGGUCUCAUCUUUUGUUGUUGACAGGCUUGGGAGGAGAACAUUGUUUAACAUAGGAGGGGGUCUAAUGUUUGUGACUCACAUGUUGGUUGGGUCAAUCAUGGCAGCAAAACUAGGGGACCAUGGUGGGUUGACCAAGUUGUUUGGAGUGACAAUUUUGAUAGCCAUUUGUGUUUAUAUUGUGGGGUUUAGUCUAUCUUGGGGUCCACUAGGAUACCUUGUUCCAAGUGAAAUCUACCCUUUGGAGAUCAGAUCAGCAGCACAAAGUAUCACAGUGGGGGUUGGUUUUCUGUUCAUCUUUCUUGUAGCUCAAAGUUUCUUAGCCAUGUUGUGUCACCUCAGAUCUGGGAUUUUCUUCUUUUAUGGAGGUUGGGUUGCUGUAAUGACUGCUUUUGUGUACUUCCUAUUGCCAGAGACAAAGAAUAUUCCCUUGGAGAAAAUGGAUAAGAUUUGGAUGGAGCAUAGGUUUUGGAAUAGAGUCCUUCAAGGUUCUAACAAGAAGACGACUGCUCCGUCUAAUAAUAAGUUGGAGGUUGAAUCCUACGACGAAUAUUUUGAGGUUAGGUGCAUUACCGGCUGAACCUAAAUCCAUGUACCAUUACUUUAUUAUGUUUGUAUGAAAAUUACAAUUGUAGUGUCUAAAGUAUGACAUCAAUGUCAUGUUAAUUGAUUUUGAUA